AUGCUGGUAGAUCUCGAUGAAAUACUGGUUUCUUUGAAGGAAGGGCGACAUAUACCAGAAGAGACAGUUUAUGCGCUAUGCAUGGAUUCACAGGAGUUGCUGAUGAAUGAAUCUAAUGUGGCACGCGUCGAUACUCCAGUAACGAUAUGUGGUGACAUUCAUGGUCAGUUACAUGAUCUACUAACUUUGUUUGAGAAAAGUGGUGGUGUAGAAAAGACCAGAUACGUGUUUUUGGGAGAUUUCGUUGAUAGAGGAUUCUAUUCGCUAGAGUCAUUUCUCCUGCUGUUGGUAUAUAAAUUGCGAUACCCGGAUCGAAUUACGUUAAUACGUGGUAACCAUGAAACCCGCCAAAUCACAAAAGUUUACGGAUUCUAUGAUGAAGUAAUGAGAAAAUAUGGUAAUAGUAAUGUGUGGAGAUACUGCUGCGAAGUCUUUGACUAUUUAUCUUUAGGAGCUAUUAUAAAUGACAGUAUAUUUUGCGUACAUGGUGGAUUGUCACCAGAUAUUACUACACUGAAUGAAAUUAGAGCCAUUGACAGAAAGCAAGAAGUACCUCACGAGGGAGGUAUGUGUGAUUUGUUAUGGAGUGAUCCCGACGAGGUUGAUACUUGGUCUAUGUCCCCACGAGGAGCUGGAUUUCUAUUUGGGAAAGGUGAAGUUGAUGAGUUCUUACAUGUAAAUAACGUUGAUCUUAUUGCAAGAGCGCACCAGCUGGUAAUGGAAGGUUAUAAGGAGAUGUUUGAUGGUGGCCUAGUUACAGUAUGGUCUGCUCCUAACUACUGUUAUAGAUGUGGUAAUGUUGCUGCAGUUUUGAAGAUUGAGGAUAAUUUAGAGAGAAAGUAUACGAUAUUUGAAGCUGUUCAGGCUCAAAAUGGUGUCGGGAACACCAUCAUACCGACAAAGAAAGCUCAAAUGGACUACUUUUUAUAG